AUGGAGCUGAGCUAUGGGCUCUUCAUCUGCUUCCUGCUCUGGGGAGGCUCAGAGCUAUGCUACCCCCAGCCCGUCUGGCUCUCGCAGGAGGGAGCUGGCCGCCCCACACCGUCUGCACCACCCGUGAUCGUGGAGUGUCUGGAAGCCCAGCUGUUGGUCACUGUCAACAAAGACCUUUUUGGCACCGGGAAGCUGGUCAGGCCUGCUGACCUCACCCUGGGCCCUGAGGGCUGUCAGCCCCUAGUCUCUGCGGACACGGAUAACGUGGUCAGGUUUGAGGUUGGGCUGCAUGAGUGUGGCAACAGCCUGCAGGGCAAUGUGAGCAGCCAGGCCAUCCUGCCCACCUGGGUGCCCUUUAAGACCACGGUGCUCUCGGAGGAGAAGCUGGCUUUCUCUCUGCGCCUGAUGGAGGAGAACUGGAGCACUGAGAAGAGGUCCCCCACCUUCCACCUGGGAGACACGGCUCACCUCCAGGCAGAAAUCCACACCGGUAGCCACGUGCCACUGCGGCUGUUCGUAGACCACUGUGUGGCCACGCCGACACCAGACCAGAACACCUCCCCUUACCACACCAUCGUGGACUUCCAUGGUUGUCUUGUCGAUGGUCGUCUUUCGGAUGCCUCUUCCGUGUUCAAGGCCCCCAGACCCGGGCCAGACACUCUACAGUUCACAGUGGAUGUGUUCAGCUUCGUUAAUGACUCCAGAAACGUGAUAUAUAUCACCUGUCAUCUGAAGGUCACUCUGGCUGACCAGGACCCAAACCAACUCAACAAAGCCUGCUCCUUCAGCAAGCCUUCCAACAGCUGGUCCCCAGUAGAAGGCACUGCUGACAUCUGUGACUGCUGUAACAAGGGUGACUGUGGCAUUCUGGGCCACUCCAGGAGACAGCCCCGUGUCAUGAGCCCGUGGCCCAAGUCCACUUCCCGCAAACGCAGGCACGUGGCAGAUGAAGCAGAUGUCACCGUGGGGCCGCUGAUCUUCCUCGGAAAGGCUAGUGACCAUGACAUGGAAGGAUGGACUUCUCCGGCUCACACCUCCGUGGCACUAGGUGGAGGCCUGGCUGCAGUGGCAUCCCUGGCCCUGGCCGCUGUCGUCCUGGCUCUCACCAGGCGGGGUUCUGUUUCCCACCCUGUGUCUGUUUCCCAAUAA